AUGUCUUCCGACGUGGAGUCGAACCAUAGCGAUGUGGAGGAGACCAAGCAAAAAGCAGCCAGCGUGUUUUACGAAAAGGAUUCGGACGAAGAGGAGCUUGAGCGACUGGUUCUCGGUGACACGGCAGGCUUCCGGGCGAAUUUAUUCAAAAAUGAUGGCAAGGGGUCCUUUGGUGGCCUGGGUGAGGACGUGGAUAUGGAUGCCGGCACCGGUGACUUGGAAGAGGUGGACGACAACGACCUGUUCAUGAUGGACACUACGACGGCGAAGACAAAGGGCCCGAUCACUUCGGCCCCCAAAGUUGAAAACGACCCUAAUGCCCCCGUGUGGGUGGACAGCGACGACGACCGGCUGGCUAUCUCGCUCGCCGGUACGACAAGACUGCGCAAGCUCCGCCUCACCGAGGCCGAGGACCUGGUCAGCGGCACCGAGUACUGCCGCCGCCUGCGCCAGCAAUACCUGCGUCUGACCCCUGCCCCCGCAUGGGCGAAAGAGGCCGAGGGCCGUCCCUCCAAGCGCCGGCGCUCGUCCGCCGGCGCUGCCGACUCUGACUCGUCCAACAGCGAUGGAGACGACGACGACGACGCCUUCUUCGCCCAACCGCUUGAGAAGUUCCUGCGCAGCGCCGGGCGCCUAGGUGGCGCCGGCGGCCCGCGUCGCCUGCGACCCGAGGUCAUCGAUAUCCAGCGCACGCGCGAGAUCCCCGACAAGCACAAGGCGCCGGUGGCCUCGCUGUCGUUCCACCCGCAGUACCCGGUGCUGCUGUCCGCGAGCAGUGCGUCGAUCCUGCACCUGCACCACAUCGCGCCCGACGCGCAGCCGACGCCGAACCCGCGGCUGACCUCGGUGCAGGCGCGCCGCGUGGACGUGCGCCGCGCCGCGUUCCUGUACCCCGACGGCGACAAGAUCGUGUUCGGCGGGCGCCGGCGGUACUUCCACACGUGGGACCUGCCGUCGGGCGCCGUGUCCAAGACGACGCGCGUGCUCGGUCACCACAAGCUGGAGCACCGCACCAUGGAACGCUUCCGGCUGAGCCCGUGCGGGCGCUACAUGGCGGUCGCGGGCUCGUCGCGCAAGGGCGGCGGCGUCGUCGACGUGCUGAGCGUCGCGACGACGCAGUGGAUCGCGGGCGCGCGGCUGACGGGCCGCCACGGCGUCGCCGACUUUGCCUGGUGGGGCACCGGCGACGGGCUCUCGAUCCUCGGCAGGGACGGCCAGGUCGGCGAGUACAGCGUCGAGGCGCGCGCGUUCGUUGGCGUCUGGCACGACGAGGGCUGCGUGGGCGGCAUCGUCAUCGCGCUCGGUGGGCACCAGGGCCCGGCCGCGCUCGGCGACGACCGCUGGGUCGCGGUCGGUUCCAACAGCGGCAUCACCAACAUCUACGACCGUAGCGCGCUGCUGGCGGCGGCCAAGGCCGACGACGGCAGUGUUUCGAUCAAGGAGCGGCCGACGCCGACGCGCACGUUUGAGCAGCUCGUCACGCCCGUCACGGAGCUCGCGUUCUCGCCCGACGGCCAGCUCUUCGCGUUUGCCAGCCAGCACAAGAAGGACGCCCUCCGGCUGGUGCACUUGCCGACGUGUACCGUGUACAGGAACUGGCCGACGGAGCAGACCAACAUUGGCCGCGUCACGGCGGUCGCGUUUGGCCGCCAGAGCAACCUGCUCGCGGUGGGCAACGACACGGGAAAGAUCAGGCUAUGGGACAUUCGGAGUUGA